UAGUAAAAAGCUAUUUUGCUAACAAAAGAACUGUAGCUGGUUACAGGGAUAGAAGACCAGAAGAAAGCUUUGCCAGGGGUUUUGUGUCUGUCAGCAGCUGAUCUUUUUCUUUGUCUCCUCUAGAAUUUGUUGCCAGUGUGUGUUUGGCUCUGUAGCAUCUUGGUAUAGCUUAGUUUUUUGGCAGGUUGGUCCUAAAGGGACCUGCUAACUAAAGUUCUGCUGCAAAAGCAGAGACUCUUCUGCUGUCUGCUACUAAAAAGCCAUGAAAGAUGAAAUUGCUGCUGCAGUGUUCUUCAUCACACGGCUGGUGAAGAAACAUGACAAACUGAGCAAGAACCAGAUGGAGAGGUUUGCAUCCAAGCUGACAACGAGUCUGUUUGAGAAGUACAAGAACCACUGGUACCAGGACAACCCCUCCAAAGGGCAAGCGUUCAGGUGCAUAAGGAUAAACUGUUGCCAGGCCAGAGAUCCUUUGCUGGAGCAGGUGUGUGUGGAGAGCAACGUGGACUUUGAAAGCCUUGGCCUGCCCAAGGAGAUGACCGUCUGGGUGGAUCCCUUUGAUGUGUGCUGUAGAUAUGGUGAGAAGAACCCGCCUUUCACAGUGGCACACUUCCGAGGUUCCGAAGAGGACCAGGACAUCUCCCAGUGCAUCAGCCAGGCCGUGGAUAAGGCGACCACAUCAGAUUACCAUUCUAGCACUUCCUCUGAUGAGGAGAGCUCCACCACAGAACCCAAAAACAUCCCUACUGUAAGCAACCCCAACAGCAUCUACCAGUGCAGUGACUAUUGCAGACAACUGCUCCCUCUCUGGCCACAGUAUCCUCGCCGCAAGACGCAUGUGCUGGAAAGACUCCACCCACAACCUGCCUGUGCUCACUACCUUCAGUAUAAGACCAACAAAGCCUGCCGGCCAUUGGCAGGUUUCACUGCUCCACGUGUGGACAGAUUCCACUGGGUCAAUACCAACCGAUAACCCGAUUCCUCCUGGAUGCUCAGAACAAGAAGACUCUCUUGCAUAAAGGCUGCCUGGGAGGAGCUUCUUCAGGAGGAAAAAAACCCCAACUCGGAAGCUCGGAACAGAAUUCUCGUCUCUCCCUGUCUUAUUUGUUUGUUCGUGUUUAACUUUUUAAGAUAUACACUUGAAGGGUAUAGAAUCUUUUAAUGAAAUGAUUUUUAAUGCAUUUUUAUGAUGAGAUUGAAAAUGGAACUGCAUUUGGAAAGUUCUUUGAAAAGGAAAUCCCAUUUACUAAUAAAAUGAAAUGUGUUUUUAAA